UUCCACCGGCUGCGGCUGUGCUGCGUUCCGGCUCCGUCUCAGCUCCGGCACUCCGUAGCCCUCCGCAACAGAUACGCAGGACUUCUAUUUUUGCCGGACGCCGGAGCACAACGCAGCAAUUCAGCACAGAGCAGAUCGUGCGGGGCAGGAAGUCGUGCACAGAAACACGAUAAAACAUCCGUUUAAUUUUCAAAAUAAAAUACACAGUGUUCACGGCGGAUCAUAUUUCCCUGCACUACACCUUAAAAACUACAUAAUGGGCAGAGGCAGGCCUGAAGUCAACAGGUCAGAGGUUUUCAGACGUCAUUUCACCCCAUGAACACCAUGGACGAGGAGAUAUUAAUCAUGGCAGUGCACCAAGAUGUCUUCCGGCGGAGCUGCACCGCACCGCACAGCAAACGCAGCCGUAAAACAUGCUGGAUGUGUGAUGAAUGGCAGGAGGAAACAUCAAGCAGAGUGCGGUGAAAGGUGAAAGCAUGAAUGUCCACAGGGAACAGAAGAGGGACUUUCAGUCUAAAGCCUUUCAUGAAAGCACAGUGUUCACUUUGCUUCCACCAAGACCACAUUCCUAUGGAGACGCAUGCCUUUCCUCCAGAGGCUCUGAGCUGCUGGGCCUGCAAGUGCAGGGGCUCUGCUGUCACCUUCAGCAGAAGCCCAGCAGUGGAAGGGUGACGCAAAGGGUGACACCACAGAGCAGAGGGGGAGGAGGGGAGAGCCUGACGCUACUAAGCAGACUCAAGGGAAGGCCGCAGAGCAGAGCAAAACCAGCACUGAGGACCAGUACUGGGAGCAGACCUGAGAGUCCAGAGGGUGAAGCUCCCACUGUGUGUCAUCGCAGAGAUCCAGUCAGUCAAACAGCAGAAACUCCCACAACCCCCUGCAACAACAACGAGAGGCUGGCUUGUCACGGGCAUCCCGGCGCCACAAAGGUUUCAGUGCUCCAUCUGUAUCUGCCUUCAUCACUCUGUGAUGAUGAGGAGCAGGACAUUGAGGCACAGGAGAUGAGAUCUGACACCAGCCUGUCCUCACCCCACCUUCUCUGAAGCUCUGUGCGUCACCGUUGCCUGGCAAAGACGACAUGUCAUUGGCAAAACACGGAGGUCCCCAGGGAUCCGUGCCUUUCCUGUGUCUGCCCCCCCCCCCCCCACACACACACGUUAUGCCCCCCAAUCCACCCCCUCUAUUGACUCUUUGAAGUCCAGGCGCAAAAACCUACUUUUAUUCAUUAGCGCUCAAGUCCCCCUGAUGUGGCUUCCUCUGACGCAAGCCUAUGUGUGUUGUAUCUAUAAAUGUGUGAGCUGUGUACCUGACAGUUAUGUUGCCUCUCGUGUAUGUGUUUUUCACAUUUUAUUCCAUUUGUACAGCACUUUGGUUGAGUUGAGUUGAGUUGAGUUGCCCUAUUUCCUUUUCUGAUAAUCCUACACUGUGAUACUGUGAUUGCGCCACUGAUCCAUAUUCCAUUGACUAGUGUCAAUGAUGAUCCGAUGAUGUUUUACUGUCCAGGGGACACACCGUGUUGAAGAAAUAUUUUCACUGGUGGCUGUCAUUUUCCUACCCUGUACACAGGUAAUAUCUUGUACAGGACAAGAUCCUGUUUUGUCUCAAUGUGUGAAAGGAAAACAUAAAAACUCUUCUCUCAAAGUGUUUAGCUAUUAAAUUGAUACAUAAUAAUAGCUUAUCAAAAUUGUGAUGGAUUAUCACAUUAUAUCACAAUCAUAUAUCACAUUUGAUUUAUUUGAUACUCGAUGAUUUUGGUGGUCUCUACAUUCAACUCAAGAUUUGACAUUUGUAUAAUGUUCUUUACACAGACUGUCAAUCAAGAAUCAUAAUUACGCAGUGGUCAGAUUUAGGAUUUUAUUUGUUUAAUUUUCAGAUACAUUUUUUUCAUGAAUACAUGAAUAUAACCAUAAUUAGAACCAUAUAACCUCAAAUGUGAGAGUAACACUACAAUAUAUAUAUAUGAAAAACCCCACAAAUUUUAUUAGAAAUCCACUCAAAUGGGCCCGAAGGGCUGAAACCCUAUUGUUGUUGUGCUGUUUUAUCAAUAUUAUUAUCAUUAUUAUUAUCAUUAUUAUUGUUAUUAUUAUUAUUAUUAUUGUUAUUAUUAUUAUUAUUAUUAUUAUUAUUACUAUUAGGGGUGCAAGCCUGAAGGGCUGAAACCCUAUUGUUUUUUGUAAUAAUAAUGAUAGUAAUUAUUAUUAUUAUUAUUAUUAUUAUUGUUAUUAAGAAAUGUUUUUGCAAACUCCCAUGAGAAGGUACAUAGUAGAGAUGUGAAAUGUUUACCAAUGAUUGGAAGUAGUGAGCAAAUGCUGCUCAAGAAAUGUAAUGCCAAUAGGCCAGAUGGGGGCGCUAUAAUAAAGGUUUGAAGACAUUUUUUUUUUGGAAGGCCACCACCCACACACCAUAUGUCAGAUUGACUUGAAAUAUGACACACAUGUUCAGGCGAAUGGGUUCCGCGAAAGCCUUAAGAACCCUCAAGUUUUGCCAACUAGAUUGUCCGCCAUGUUAAAUUUGUUUUGAAAAACACAUUUUUGACAUCUCCUCCUAAGACAUAGGUCCAACUUGUACCAAACUUUCUGUGAAUCAUCAUGGGAUGAAGCUCCUUAAAGUUAUCAACAGCUUUUUGAUAUGUCAUUGCAUUUUAAUGAUAUUGACCAAUCAACUUUAGAGGAGGUGUAGCUCAGCACAUUAAUGGAGUUUACUCCUUAGCUAAUGAGCCAAUCAUCACAAAACUUGUAGGAAAUCUUAACACAAGUAACUGAAUCAUACCCUGAAGGUCUGAUUCAAAUUGACCAGUUGGGGGUGCUCUACAUGCAGAAAGUUGAUAUCUCAUAAUCAGCUGGAGAUAUUUGUACAAAAUUUGGUUUGCAUCACUAGGGUCAUGUCUCAGUCGAAGCACAAAAUUUGAAAAUGAUUGCUUAAAGGGGACUUGGCAUAUUACAAUAAAUUGUUUUUUUUAAUUUAGAAAUGUUUUCGCAAAUUUCUGUGAGAUGGUACAUUGUAGAGAGAAGAAAUGUUCACAAAUGAUUGAAAGUUGUGUACAAACAGUGCUCAAGAAACAUAAUGCCAAUCAGCCACAUGGGGAUACUAUAAUUGAGGAUGAAGAAAUUUUGUUUUGAAUGGCCAUCUCCCUCGCACCAUAUGUCAGACUGACUUAAAAUUCGACAAACAUGUCCAGCUGAAUAUGGUGUGCUAAAGCCUCAAGUAUCACAAAGGUCCGCCUGAUUGGAUUUUCUGCCAUUUUGAAUUUUUUGAAUAAAACGUUUUUGAU